AUGUCUACCUACGGCACGCUCUUCCGCGUAACGACCUACGGCGAAAGCCACUGUGCCUCUGUUGGUGCCAUUAUCGAUGGCUGUCCACCAGGACUUCAGCUUAGCGCUGAAGACAUCCAAAUCCAGCUCAACCGAAGACGACCAGGGCAGAGCGAUCUGACAACACCAAGAAACGAGAAGGAUGCGGUCCAGCUGCAAUCGGGGAUCGAGCAGGGAGUAACGCUUGGCACACCUAUUGGCCUCUUUAUUCGAAACGAGGACCAGCGCCCGCAUGAUUACUCUGAAACGGACUUGUACCCGCGUCCGAGCCACGCGGAUUAUACGUAUCUCGAGAAAUACGGUAUCAAGGCGAGCAGUGGGGGCGGUAGAAGUAGCGCCCGAGAAACUAUUGGACGCGUCGCAGCUGGCGCGAUUGCCGAAAAAUACCUUCGACUCGCCCAUCGCGUGGAAAUCGUCGCAUUUGUCUCGUCUGUGGGGAAGAUCCACCUGCCUACAACUGUGGAAUCAACAAACGAAGAGGGCGACGAAGCAGCGGAACCAUUAUCUCAAGAGUUUCGCAACUUGUUGUCAACGGUAACACGGUCUACUGUCGACCAGCAUCCUACCCGCUGCCCACACCCCGAAACUGCCGAACGAAUGAAGCAGCGUAUAAUUCGGGCCAAAGAUGCGUCAGACUCGAUUGGAGGCACUGUCACCUGUGUAGUUCGCAACCUACCACCAGGACUUGGUGAGCCUGUCUUUGACAAACUCGAAGCACUUCUUGCGCAUGCGAUGCUAUCCAUUCCUGCAACCAAAGGCUUUGAGAUUGGAUCUGGUUUCCGUGGGACUGAGGUUCCCGGCAGCCAACACAACGACGCAUUUGUCCAGCGGGAAGACGGGAGCCUUGGCACUCAGACAAACUGGAGCGGGGGCAUUCAGGGCGGCAUCUCGAAUGGAGAGGACGUAUAUUUCCGCGUGGCGUUCAAGCCACCAGCAACGAUAUCCAAGGCACAGACGACGGCAAAGUAUGAUGGGGAGAGCGGCACACUGGCGGCAAGGGGAAGGCAUGAUCCGUGUGUCGUACCGAGGGCCGUGCCGAUUGUCGAAGCUAUGACCGCCAUUGUCCUGAUGGAUGCGUUGUUGGUGCAGAAGUCGAGGGCUGCGGCGGCGAGCUUGUUGCCGCCAAUCACUACGCUUCCGCCGACUAUGGUCAUGCCGCAAAAGGCCAGAGAGAGUGGUCGGGUAGAGUAG